AUGAUUUACCAGCAUAUUAUCGUCAUCAUCACCAUGGUCAUGUUAAUCAUCAUCAUUGUCGUUAUUCAAUUUUUUGUCUAUUAUUUUUUUUUCAAAAAGGCCUCCCUUCAUUUGUUAAACUCGCGCCGAGAAAAUGUAAAAAAAAACCAAAAGAAAUCUGUUAAAACCGGAAUAAAGCAGAAUGAGACUGAGCACCAACCUCUCCUAAUAUGGUAGUCAUGUGACUCUUUCGUCAUUGCACGCUGGAAUUUACCCGCGAGGUUUAAAACCAUGGCGGACAAUGAAGGUGACGAGAUUUCAUUUGCGUUGCCAAUUGAAAAGCUUCCAUUCGACAGUGAUACCCCUAAAAGUAGUUUUAUCUGUGACGAGAAUUGUUCUCCAAAUCCAGGAGAAGUUUUUACGAUGAGAAAUCACUCAAAGGUUGCUUCUGUGCUGUUUUCUCCGCCGCGAACUUCGCGCGUGGGUGAAGGAAAAUUAAAACCCAAGUCUUUCUCGACGAGUUUGUAUUCGUCGCCAACAAGGAAAACGGUAAUUGUUUUUGAAUGUUGCAUGUUUUGAACAAAAGUUCCUCGAUGAACGAAAAAGUAACGGUGCGAUACUAAUUGAGCGUUGAUUUUUUCCAGAAACUGAGCGGAGUCGAAAAAGAGAAGAGAAAAACUCUUCAAGUUCUCCAACCAGCUGCAAGCGGCAAUGGCACGCUCGUUGGGAGCCGUGGCGUCGUUAGGCAUAGUGAAAUGGUAAAUUAAUAAGCAGUAAACAAGCAGGUUUACGGUAUAUUUAUCUUAGAGAAAUACCUUGUGUCCUGAUAGUCCACGCGUUUUCCUAUUGCAGCCAAUUCUUAGCCAGUUUCUUAUUGUAAAAUUAAUAAAAAUCAACACUGACGUCUCUUUUGGCCGAGCAGGAUUAAGCUUGUACCAAUUUUCAUUGUUUGUGGAAGGAAGAAAUCAUGUUGAAUUUCGAAGCUUGAAGUUCAAUAUUUCUCUCCUUCUAUCGCUCGUAGUUAUCAGCCUUUUUUUUUUUCCGAAGAAUUGAUUGUUCUUAUUUUAUAUUCGUUUUACAUAAGUAUGUUUAACCUUGAUAUUUCAUAGAAAUCUAAGAAGGGUAAAUCAUCACCAACUUUAAAACUCAAACAGCAGAAGAUUAAGAUUCUUCACAAAUCAGGCAACGGUUCUUCAACACUUGCCGAUUCCUCGGAUUCUGACACUGCUGUCAGCUCAGCCAGAGAGGUACAAUCAAAAAUUAAUGUAUAUAUAUUCCUUGCGUUCCUAACAAAUUUAUUACCGUAUUUAUUCGAUUUAACGCUGUGGCGUUGAUUAAAUUUUCGUGAUUCGAGUGUGGCGUUUGUUUGAGGGCGGCGUUCUUUUACGAUUCACGAUUUCACACUUUCCAUGUUAAUCCUACAGCGAUACAUAAAGUGAAUAAAGAUCUAAUGUUGGAUAUGCUUUCUCGACAUCAGAACUAGUACAUUCAAAAGGAUUUGCGUCUGGUUCACUCAAAAUUUCCAACUGCGAUCAUGCCACCAAAGCGAUGAUCGCUGUGUGCAUUUUUAGUCUAUUAUUUGAAUAAACGGAGAGGGGCAUUUAUAAAUAUUUCUGCUCUAAAAUGCAGCGUUUAAUCGAAUAAACACGGCAAUAGUUUUAUAUUUUCAAAGUGAAAGGGUCCUUCAAAUCAGAGUGAGUGGGAACAUACCAUCCUUUUCCUUUUAACCCACACCACCUGCACCCUGUUCGAAGAUGCAGGAUUUUGUGAAGGGGUAAGGAUCUUUACUUUAAAGAAGGCAUUACAGUUUGGAUCCUUCUAACAGUUUUCAAAGGAGCUGACAAAAAAACUUGAUCCUUCACAUUUUAAUUUACUGCAAUGGAAAAGUUGGUGCUCACUUUCCUGUCAUCUUUGAGAGAGGAGAGGGGGGAAGGCUUGGUGGAAAAAAUUGAAGCUUUCCAUAGGUUGGGUUAUCUCUUAUCUCUAUCAAACUGGGUUGCUUUGAGACGAUUUUCUAGAGGUUUGGACAGUAACUUGUAAGUAAUAUUAGGACCCAACGCCACUAAAAGUUAACAAUUAUUACUGAACAACCAUAUGGCUUGCCUUUGCUAAAUUGAUUUAUUCAUAGCUUCUGCUUUACGAAGCAAGCCAUUAUCAGCCUGUGAAGACCCUUUCCUCUCAUUGGCUCCAAGCCAUUGAUCCUCUGACAAUGUCUUUGACCAGGGGUGAUGAGAAGAAGCUGUUUUCACAUGCUACAACACUCAGAAAUGAGUAUUUUGAGCAUAUUUUUGAAUAGUGCAGUGAAGCUUUUCCUUUGUCCUUUUCUCAAAAUUUAAGAGGAAGGUUGUUUACUUCCAGUCCACCAAUUCACAAGUUUGUGACAUCCAACACCCCUUGAUUUUUGAAAAAUAUUGAAUCAAAAAUGGUAUUUUGUCUUAUAGAUUACAAAAUCGCCUCAUGGGGAAUCGUUUGAUGAAGCAGUAGCAUUGAUGAUUUCAGGCAAGUGGCUGCUGUAUGUAGAAUGCAAUGUGAUUUUGUAAUGUUCUAAUCCUAUAACUUGUUGUUACAGUAUGUAUGAUUUGUCAGAUUAUGUCUCAGUUUGUUCUUAGGGUAUGGUAGCUUGAUCAAAUUCUGUAUAUACUGUGAUGUAUUUAUUAAUACUGGAUUUUCCACCAAGUGCUAUCCUUUUUAUUUCUCACUACAUUGCUAAGUUACCUGUUUUUUUUUGUCUGUUUUAUUAACUUGGUAACUUGUUUGACUUAAGAUCCACCACCAGAGAGAUAUUGGGAGCUUUUGGCAGAGGAGAGGAGACUGGCUCUACAAGAGGCAUUGGAGGAGAAUGAAAGGGUAAAUACAUAAAACUUUCAUUUAAAAUUUAUAAAAUUGUCAGAUAGUAACCAUGAACUUGCACAACUAAGAUUUGGUCAUUUCAUUUCAUUGAAUGUGCACUUACCUGCAGAUGUUCAGAUUGCAAGGUAUAUAUAAAGGUGGGGGAAUGAGAAUUUUCCAUAUGCAGACUGAAUCUUUUGAUUAACCCUUUAACUCCCAGAAGUGAUUAACAUAAAACUUCUCCCUACAAUAUCCAUACAUUAUUCAGCAAACAAUGGAUGAGAAUAUUCAAACUUAUCAGGUAGAAGCUGUUAUCUUGAUCUAGCACCAAGUUCUCAUAACUAAUUUACAAGGAAAUGUGUAGCAGCUGUAGGGGAGAAUUAACAAUCAGAUCUUGGGAGUUAAAGGGUUAACUUUCUUGUUUUUAACUCAGAUUCAUAAGGAGUUAGAAGAAGUCAGAGAAAGAAACAAAAGCCUUGAAGAAAUUGCUGGUCAAGCUGAGUAUUUUGCUUCUCUAUACCAGGUACUGGAAGAGUUAAGAUAUUCUUUGCAUCUGACCCUAAACAGUUUCUCUCAGUUUGUAAUCUUGUGGAAAAUUUACCACAUAUCUAGUACAUAUCUGUUUUUAAUACUUUCUUGUGAUGGAACUUUUCACAGAUGGUGAUGGAGGGAGAAGUUCCAGAUAUAGAAUCCAGUGAUAAUGAUGAAGAGGUGGAUUAAUACCUUUUUAACUCUUACUUCAGUAAAUUAUUUCUGAUCCAGUACCACCAUUUGAGUUUUUUGUUUGUUUUUUUUUUUAAAUGGUUGAUGUAUUUCAAAAAUAAUUUUUCUACAAUGUACAUUUUCCUCAAGUAUUUAUGUAUCCAUGCACAUAUUGUUUCACCAUGCAUCUUGAGAAACCUAUUGCACCUCAAGAUUAAGAUGUACCUGUAUUUGUUAUGAUUAAGAAAAAUUGUGGGAUGAUUGUAAAUUCCUUUUCUUGUUGGAAUCCACAAGAUGGCAAUUUUUUCCCUGAAAUUGGGGGAUCUCAUUCCAAUCUAUGUACAUAAAAAUUAUUUGUUAAUCUUCAGAGAUAUAAUUCUUAAUAAGUUGCCUUGCCU